AGAGGGCCCAUGACAUGUCUCCUCAGUAGACCCAAGAUGUGAUAUUCAUCUUUCUCCACAGCACCAUUCCAUUUUCUUCCACCAAGCUCCUCCCCCUUUUCUUUUCCCUAUAUCAUCUCUUGCCAAAUUUGCACAACAAUUCUUCUGCAACAAUCAUGUCCAGCGACGCUCCAAAAGACGUUGCAGAAGGAUCAUCGCGAUCCGCCGGUGAGCAGCCACAGCAACCGGCACCUUUGAGCCGAUACGAGUCGCAGAAACGGAGGGAUUGGAACACUUUUGGGCAGUACUUGAAGAACCAGAGACCUCCAGUUUCACUAUCACACUGCAACUGCAACCAUGUGCUCGAGUUUCUUCGAUAUCUCGACCAAUUCGGAAAGACUAAGGUUCACUCGCACGGUUGUGUCUUCUUCGGACAACCCGACCCUCCUGCCCCAUGUACUUGUCCUCUUAGACAAGCUUGGGGAAGCCUUGAUGCACUGAUCGGACGGCUUAGGGCUGCUUACGAAGAGAACGGUGGCUCACCGGAGACAAACCCUUUCGGAAAUGGAGCUAUUCGUGUUUAUUUACGUGAAGUGAAGGAGUGUCAAGCUAAAGCUAGGGGAAUUCCCUACAAGAAGAAAAAGAAGAAGAAGAUCAAUCAUAUGAAGGCCAACAACGAUGAAGUGAAGUCUUAAGAAGCAGUCACUUCUUCAGAAACCUGGAUCACAUAAGCAGUCAACUGGAUGGGAAGGUUUAAAGGAAGGCCACAAUUUCCACUUCACUAUAUGGUUCUCUCUUGGCAAUUGGCAUAUAUAUAAAAAGUAUAAUUUAAGCUUUAGAUCAGUUAUUUUUAAAUAAUAGUAUAUCAUGAUGGCAAGCUGGUCAUCUGGACGUACGUACGGUCCACAUUUUUAUUACCUGUACCACCUUAAUUAGUAUAAUUUUUAUUAAUUCCUACACUUCUUUCUGAAAAACAGCAACACUAGUACUAUUUCUAGAUCUACUAGUUUUACUUAUUUUAGCGCAGAAAGAAGAGCUUUUCGCUUCUAUAAUGUAAAUUGCAUUUAAGCUAUUAUGUAGUUGAUGUCAAAUUAAAACUUCUUGAACAGUUAAACUUGCAGUUAAACUAUACAUUUGCAUUUUUUAUAUA